GGAAACAAUAACAAACAGCAGGAAGGAGCGAUCGUGGCUCUGGGUGUCGCGUAGCUCGCUGAGAAGAUGCUUUCCGGGCCCUGGGAGGGGAUGUGAAAGGGCUCGCGGGCUCCGGCCGGCCUUUCUCCAUCCGUCCCCCUCAGGGGGCCUGGCUCCUGCCAUGGCGGGCGUGGGGCCGGUGGGCUACGCGGCGGAGUUCGUGCCACCUCCGGAGUGCCCAGUCUUUGAGCCUAGCUGGGAAGAGUUCACAGAUCCGCUCAGCUUUAUCGGCCGCAUCCGGCCUCUGGCUGAGAAAACCGGCAUCUGCAAAAUCCGGCCGCCUAAGGACUGGCAACCACCAUUUGCCUGUGAAGUAAAAAGCUUUCGUUUUACUCCCAGAGUCCAGCGCCUGAAUGAACUCGAGGCAAUGACUAGGGUGAGACUGGACUUCUUGGAUCAACUGGCAAAAUUCUGGGAACUUCAAGGAUCUACUUUGAAGAUCCCCGUGGUGGAGAGAAAAAUCCUGGAUCUGUACGCUUUGAGCAAGAUUGUUGCCAGCAAAGGAGGUUUUGAAAUGGUCACCAAGGAGAAGAAAUGGUCUAAAGUGGGAAGCCGCUUGGGGUAUCUGCCAGGAAAAGGAACUGGGUCUCUUUUGAAGUCCCACUAUGAAAGAAUUCUCUACCCAUAUGAACUGUUCCAGUCUGGUGUCAGCCUUAUGGGUGUACAAAUGCCUAAUUUAGAUCUUAAGGAAAAAGUGGAACCUGAGGUUCUCAGUGCUGAUAUCCAAACUUCCCCUGAGCCGGGCACCAGGAUGACCAUUCUGCCUAAGAGAACAAGACGGGUCAAGUCUCAGUCAGAAUCUGGAGAAAUGAACAAAAACACAGAAUUGAAGAAACUCCAGAUCUUUGGGGCUGGACCCAAGGUUGUGGGCCUGACAGUUGGAACAAAAGAUAAAGAAGAUGAGGUCACCCGAAGACGAAAAGUUACCAACAGGUCAGACGCAUUUAACAUGCAAAUGAGACAACGGAAAGGAACUCUCUCUGUUAACUUUGUUGAUCUCUACGUGUGUAUGUUUUGUGGUCGAGGAAACAAUGAAGAUAAAUUGCUUUUGUGUGAUGGAUGUGAUGAUAGCUAUCAUACCUUCUGUCUAAUCCCCCCACUACCUGAUGUUCCUAAAGGAGACUGGAGGUGUCCUAAGUGUGUCGCUGAGGAAUGUAACAAACCUCGAGAAGCCUUUGGAUUUGAACAAGCCAUACGAGAGUAUACACUUCAGAGCUUUGGAGAGAUGGCGGAUAAUUUCAAGUCUGACUAUUUCAAUAUGCCAGUCCAUAUGGUUCCCACAGAACUAGUAGAAAAGGAGUUCUGGCGGCUGGUUAGCAGCAUUGAAGAAGAUGUCAUUGUGGAGUACGGAGCUGAUAUCUCCUCAAAAGACUUCGGAAGUGGAUUUCCUGUGAAGGAUGGUCGGAGAAAGAUGUUGCCAGAAGAAGAGGAGUAUGCACUUUCUGGUUGGAAUUUGAAUAACAUGCCUGUCCUGGAGCAGUCUGUUCUUGCACACAUCAAUGUGGAUAUUUCUGGCAUGAAGGUGCCAUGGCUCUACGUGGGAAUGUGUUUCUCUUCCUUUUGCUGGCACAUUGAGGACCACUGGAGUUACUCCAUUAACUACUUGCAUUGGGGGGAGCCAAAGACAUGGUAUGGUGUACCAUCUCAUGCUGCAGAGCAACUGGAAGAGGUGAUGAGGGAGCUGGCCCCUGAGUUGUUUGAGUCCCAGCCUGAUCUGCUACAUCAGUUAGUCACCAUCAUGAACCCCAACGUGCUAAUGGAGCACGGUGUGCCUGUAUACAGGACCAAUCAGUGUGCAGGCGAGUUUGUUGUGACAUUUCCUCGUGCCUAUCAUUCUGGAUUUAACCAGGGCUACAACUUUGCUGAAGCUGUGAACUUCUGUACUGCUGACUGGUUGCCCAUCGGACGUCAGUGUGUAAAUCAUUACCGACGCCUACGGCGCCAUUGUGUCUUUUCACAUGAGGAGCUCAUUUUCAAGAUGGCAGCAGACCCAGAGUGCUUGGAUGUGGGGCUGGCCGCUAUGGUCUGCAAAGAAUUGACUCUCAUGACUGAAGAAGAAACACGACUGAGGGAGUCUGUUGUACAAAUGGGUGUCCUGAUGUCUGAAGAAGAAGUGUUUGAACUUGUUCCUGACGACGAGCGACAGUGCUCAGCUUGCAGAACCACAUGUUUCCUUUCUGCUCUCACGUGCUCCUGCAAUCCUGAGCGGCUUGUGUGUCUCUACCAUCCAGCUGACCUGUGCCCCUGCCCCAUGCAAAAGAAGUGCCUGAGAUAUCGCUACCCAUUAGAAGACCUCCCUUCUCUUCUUUAUGGUGUAAAAGUCAGGGCACAGUCCUAUGACACUUGGGUCAGUCGUGUUACAGAAGCAUUAUCUGCUAACUUCAACCACAAGAAAGAUUUGAUUGAAUUGCGAGUAAUGCUAGAAGAUGCUGAGGAUAGGAAAUAUCCAGAAAAUGAUCUCUUUCGAAAGCUCAAGGAUGCCGUAAAAGAAGCCGAGACUUGUGCUUCCGUGGCCCAGCUGCUUCUGAGCAAAAAGCAGAAACAUAGGCAGAGCCCAGACAGUGGGAAAACUCGGACCAAGCUGACGGUAGAAGAAUUGAAGGCCUUUGUCCAACAGCUUUUUAGUCUUCCGUGCGUUAUCAGCCAAGCUCGACAAGUAAAGAAUCUGCUUGAUGAUGUGGAAGAGUUCCACGAGCGAGCUCAGGAGGCAAUGAUGGAUGAAACCCCGGAUUCUUCCAAGCUCCAGAUGUUGAUAGACAUGGGUUGUAGUCUGUAUGUGGAGCUACCUGAAUUACCUCGACUGAAGCAAGAGUUACAGCAGGCUCGAUGGUUGGAUGAAGUAAGACUGACCCUCUCAGAUCCACAGCAAGUCACUUUGGAUAUCAUGAAAAAACUGAUUGACUCUGGGGUAGGGUUGGCACCCCACCAUGCUGUGGAGAAAGCAAUGGCUGAGCUGCAGGAGCUCCUUACAGUCUCUGAACGAUGGGAAGAAAAGGCUAAGGUCUGCCUACAGGCAAGACCUCGGCACAGUGUGGCAAGUUUAGAAAGCAUUGUCAAUGAAGCCAAAAACAUUCCAGCUUUUCUGCCCAACGUGUUGUCUCUCAAAGAAGCCUUACAAAAGGCUCGAGAGUGGACGGCGAAAGUGGAAGCUAUUCAGAGCGGCAGCAACUACGCUUACUUGGAGCAGCUUGAAAGCUUAUCUGCCAAAGGCCGCCCUAUCCCUGUGAGACUUGACGCGCUGCCACAGGUGGAGUCGCAGGUGGCCGCGGCGCGCGCCUGGAGAGAGCGUACGGGGCGGACCUUUCUUAAGAAGAACUCCAGCCAUACGUUGUUACAGGUGCUAAGCCCUCGGACUGACAUUGGUAUAUAUGGGAGUGGUAAAAACAGAAGGAAAAAAGCAAAAGAACUAAUAGAAAAAGAAAAAGAAAAGGAUGUAGAUCUUGAGCCUUUGAGUGAUUUGGAGGAAGGACUGGAGGAAACCAGAGAUACAGCCAUGGUGGUGGCAGUAUUCAAAGAACGAGAGCAAAAAGAGAUUGAAGCCAUGCAUUCCCUGAGAGCAGCCAACCUGGCCAAGAUGACAAUGGUGGACCGUAUAGAAGAAGUAAAGUUUUGUAUCUGCCGUAAGACAGCCAGCGGGUUCAUGCUUCAGUGUGAGCUCUGCAAAGACUGGUUCCAUAACAGCUGUGUUCCCCUUCCUAAAUCAAGUUCCCAGAAAAAAGGAUCCAGCUGGCAGGCUAAAGAAGUUAAAUUCCUUUGUCCUCUUUGUAUGCGGUCUCGGAGGCCCAGGCUAGAGACUAUACUGUCACUGCUGGUGUCCCUUCAGAAGCUGCCUGUGCGGUUGCCUGAAGGAGAGGCCCUUCAGUGUCUCACUGAACGUGCCAUGAGUUGGCAGGACAGAGCCCGGCAGGCCCUCGCCACAGAUGAACUGUCGUCCGCCUUGGCCAAACUGUCUGUGCUAAGCCAGCGGAUGGUUGAACAGGCAGCCCGAGAGAAAACGGAAAAGAUCAUCAGUGCCGAACUCCAGAAAGCAGCUGCCAACCCAGACUUACAGGGACACCUGCCUAGCUUUCAGCAGUCUGCGUUUACCCGGACGGUGAGCAGCGUGUCGUCCUCCCCUCGACACACGGUGGAGUAUGACGACGAGGAGACUGACUCGGAUGAGGAUGUGCGGGAGGCCUAUGGCUGCGACGUGAAGGACACAGCCAGUGUGAAGUCCUCUAGUAGUCUGGAACCCAACCUCUUUUGUGAUGAAGAAAUCCCCAUCAAGUCAGAGGAAGUGGUGACUCAUAUGUGGACGGCACCUUCAUUCUGCGCAGAACAUGCUUAUUCUUCUGCUUCUAAGAGCUGUUCUCAAGGUACUAGCACCCCAAGGAAACAGCCUCGAAAGAGCCCUUUGGUUCCCCGAAGUUUGGAGCCUCCAGUGUUGGAGUUGUCACCUGGAGCUAAAGCCCAGCUGGAAGAACUUAUGAUGGUCGGGGACCUCUUGGAAGUGUCUCUGGAUGAAACUCAACACAUAUGGCGAAUUUUGCAGGCUACACACCCACCCUCGGAAGACAGAUUCCUACAUAUCAUGGAGGAUGACAGUAUGGAAGAGAAACCAUUAAAAAUGAAGGGAAAAGACUCUUCAGAGAAGAAACGGAAACGGAAACUAGAAAAGGUAGAACAGCUUUUUGGAGAAGGAAAACAGAAAUCCAAGGAGCUGAAGAAAAUGGAUAAACCAAAAAAGAAGAAAUUAAAAUUAAAUACAGACAAAUCAAAGGAGCUGAACAAAUUGGCCAAGAAACUAGCAAAAGAAGAAGAGAGAAAGAAAAAGAAGGAAAAAGCUGCAGCAGCCAAAGUUGACCCUGUGAAAGAGAGUACUGAGAAGAAGAGAGAGAAAAAAGUGCUGGACAUCCCCUCCAAGUACGACUGGUCGGGGGCAGAGGAGUCGGAUGACGAGAACGCCGUGUGCGCGGCGCAGAACUGCCAGCGGCCCUGCAAGGACAAGGUAGACUGGGUACAGUGUGAUGGUGGCUGUGAUGAGUGGUUUCAUCAAGUUUGUGUGGGUGUAUCUCCAGAAAUGGCUGAAAAUGAAGAUUACAUCUGUAUAAACUGUGCAAAGAAGCAGGGGCCAGAUAGCCCAGGUCAUGCACCGCCUUCUUCCUUCAUAAUGAGCUACAAACUGCCAAUGGAAGAUCUUAAAGAAGCCAGUUAGCAGAUGCUUGCUUAGUUUGGGACAUGGAGGGGACAGACCAUGAUGAGACCUUAGUUUAUAAAGCAGAGUGGUUGAGAUCCACUCAGAACGUUGCUUCCAAAGAUGAAUGGCCUUCCAAGAAAGUCCUUUUAGUGUUAGCUUCCCCCUGCAUGGACUGUGUGGGCUGCAUUCUCCAUCAGCACAUCUGUGCAGAGGAUGUCUUCUUUGGUACAACAGCCGACACUUCAAUUCAUGUCUCUUGAGUACGGUUUACUGCAUUAAGACCAGAGACUUGGCAGCGCUCACAAGGGGCUGCUUGGCAUUAACGCUUCAGUGUGCUAGCAGGGCACGCGUAGGAUGUAGCUUAAGGCCCGCUGAUGAUGGAGGCUUGUCACUUAGCGGCACCGCUGUCUGAAGGUGCUGAUUGCUUGAAUAUCUGGAGUCAGAGUACAACUUUCCUACCACUAUUACUGGCAUUUAAUGUCCCAUAAAUACAACUAAGGAACAGGUCAAAGUUAUUCGUAGAAUUAAUGGGAGAGUAGUCCAGUCUGUAGGCCUCAGCUGCUUGUGCUUGUUUAUAUACAAGAAGAAAAUCCCAAAUAAGAGAACCUUAUACCAUCUGGGCAGAUCGAUCACUUUACUUUUCUAAGCAGGUAGCUGACUACACCGGAUGCUUAAAAGACUUUUUUUAAUGCAAGGCAAAAAGCCUUUUUUUGCCUUUGAGAAGUUUGAGUGUCUUGGGUCUGCAUUUUAGAAAACAACAGGUACACAGUUCUAAGCUUCUUUACAAGAGAAAAGGCAAGAAGAAGAAGAAGAAGACCAGAAUGUCUUGCUGAGCCACAGCCUGCAUGCUUUUUUGGGAAACCUUUGUUCACAAGUAUUCCAGAUUCCAUCUGGCUUCCGGCAUGGCCAUGAGCAAGACAAGCAUCGGCGUCUUGCCUCGCAGCUCUGACCCAGCGUUUGCUCUUCCCAACGUGGCAGUGUCUGAACACACGCACAGCAAAUGCUGUUGAGUAACCGGGACUUCAUCAGAAUGUGGGGUUGUGGUACCUCUGCGUGAUAAAGUUGUUUUAGUAAAUCCAUUUUUAAAAAGGAAAAAAGGACUUGUUUUUACUUUUUUCUAAAUGUCUGACUACUGACUGUUCUAUACAUAGAUUAUUUUUUUUAAUAUACAUAUAUGAAUAUAUAAAUAUAUAUAUAUAUAUAUUUACUGUUACCAGCAGCAUAUGACAAAAAUUUUAGCAUCCAAAAUCCAUUUGGGAGGUUGCUUUUUCUUUUGUGUGUUUUGAUAAGGAAAUCCCAUUCUUUCUUUGUCGUAUGAGGAGUUAGCAUUCCCUUUGCCAUCCGUUUUGGUUUUGUUCAAAUAGAUAAUUAUAUUUUCUUUGUGUUUGUGUGUUGGGACUUGGCCCAGUCUGUUGGGAAACUUGGGUCUUACUCUAGUUUGUACUAGUUGUUUUUUCUUUUGAAUGUGAAUGUUGAAACUACGGUGCUGUCCGUCUCCCUCCUACUGUGUCUUCUGUUCUUGUUAGGUAAGAUGUAUAAACUCUUACUAGAAGGGGGGCUUUUUUAAAUAGGUCAAAAGAUAAGUUACUAAAAAUAGUGUCUUGUCUCACUAUCCUGUGUCCUUUAUUUUGGUUUAAAAGUCUGUGGUUUGACUUAAAUUUAUUAGUUGUCCUUUUUUUAAAAGAGGAGAUUGGCAUGGAUCUAGAACAGUUUGUAGUCUCCUGUCCCCUUUCUGUCAGUCUUAUUAAAAGAAAUGUCUUCUAGUAAAUAGAAGUGAAAUGUACUGUCCUGUUACAGUUUGAGUAGGUAUGAGAUCUAACUCAAGGCAUCUUACUAAAAGGAGAAAAAAAGUUUUCAUAUAAAAUCAAUUUCUGUAAAGGGUUUCUCUGUGGUUUUAAUACCUACUGUUUGCUCAUUCUUCCUUUAAUACUAGGUAGCAUUUGAGGGUUUUGACCUGUUGAGGGCUUUGUCUGUGUUGCUGUGUGUGAUGUCUUGAGGUCUCAUCUCAAGUGUACAACUUAAAACUUCAGUGAACAUUGUGAGGUAACUAGUUUCCACUUUUCCUGAAGUACCGAUAGAUUAUUACUUGAUAAUUUUUCAGAGUAACGUUAUAGAAGAAAGCACAAUAUUUUUUACCAUUUGGUCUCUGUAAAAGUCUUUAAAUAUUUAUGGGUUAAAAACUCAAAAGUAGGAGAAGGGUAUACGGAACACAUUUAAAAUGUUGAUUUUUCCCUUCCCAGUCACCAAGGGACAGUAGUGAGGAUGCUGAGAAAGGUGUCUGGUAUCUUGAGGUGUGCAGUGGGUGGCUAGGGAGUGGUCUGGGGAAUAAUUUGUGUGCUUGCUAUGGGUUGAGUCUGGUGGAGACCUGGAAAACGAGAUAGUCAUCCUUUGAUAGUUUGAAACUUGAAUAUUUCAUGUAAUUGAUACUAUGGUAUAUUCCACAGUAAUUUGGAAGUUGUAGUCUGUCCUGACUAUAAAUGUAGGUCAAGGCUGAAAAGAACAGAGGAAAGAAGGUAGUCCUCCCCUCUCCAAAAAUAAUUUGCAGUUUUGGAAUUAGUGAAAUAAAGAAAUAUUGGUGUUCUAAUGUAAAGUAUUAAUUUCACUUUAAGGAAAUUAAUUUGCAACCAACUUUACUCUUCUGUACUGUUAAUAUUUUGUAUUAAAACUUAAAAGGUUUCUCUACCAUUCCUAUUUCCUCAGAGUUUGAAUUCUUUAUCAUUCAUACUUCACCCUGUGUUUAAUUCUUUCAAAGAUAUUUCUCACUACUGUCAUUGCAAAUAUUUUGACAAAUAUUUUGACAAUAUUUUGCAAAUAUUUUGACAUUAGAAUUAUGCAAAUCCCUAGUUUAGAAGUACAAGUCUGGUGUUAGUGGUUAGCUUCUAGCUAGGAAGGGAAGACGGUACAUUUUCCUCUAACACAUUUUUAUUUCACUUCCUGAUGGUUAUUGAAAAAGCCAUGUUGAGGUGUAGAUCCUGGCUCCCUUGCUAAGCCGCUCCAAACCAGCUUUGCCUGCAUGAUUCAGACUUGUGCCUUAGUAAAAUUAUGAUUACUGCAUGUCAUACUUUGAAUAAUUGAGAAGGUAAACAUUUAAUCUGGUUGCCCACAAUCUAAUAAUAAAAAACAUGGUAAAUGCCAAAAGAUCUGUAAGAGUAGCAUGACUUUACCUGUGCUUCUCUUCUGUUCUUCUCUGCUUCUGUCACUAACAGGUAUCCAAGAAAUGUCAGUUCAUUUUCUUCUUGCUCGUUAGAUUUUAGAAGCAGUUCAGUUCUCUACUGUCUCAAUUCCAUAGUACAUUUGUGUAUCACCCAGUACUUAUCUUUGGAGGAUGAAAGAGAAAAUAAAACCUCUCUGACAAAGUAUGGGAUUAUCCACUUUUUGAAGGAGAAAGGUGACAUUAGAGUGGGAUUUGAAAAUUGUAAACUGUAGAAAAUUGAGCUGUUGAAGUCCCACAUGUAACCAUGUUCAAUAAAGUUUCACAUAUGAAUAAUUAGCUUCAUACAUGUGUAUGCAGUUGCUUCUGCAGUAGGUCCUGAAGUGUAGGUCCCUUUGAAAUUCCUCCCCUCCUUCUUUGCCAUCUCCUCCUCCCUCCUCUUCCUCUUUCCUCUUUUCUCCUUCUUAGUCCUCCUCCCUUCUUCCUCCUUGUCUUCGUUCUCCUUUCCUCUGCCAAGUGGAAAAGAGUGAAUGUUAGUACAUUUUGGAAUUGCACCUUUUCUUGGCCUGGCUCGUACCUAGUCACCACUAUGCAGCCUAGGAUGUGCACCAGAGUAGGACCUGGUGGGUUUUAAAGAUGUAUCCUGCUUGCUCUUGUUUUUACAGUACUUUGUGUGAACAGGAACAAAUGUCUUUUGGGAACUCAGUAUCUCCUAUUGAUUAUUCCCUUCCAUAUUUAUAAUUUACCAUGGUUAUGAGUGGUGUUUUAUGAAAAGUAUAACUUGAUUUCUUGAUUUUUUAGCAUGUUUUAUGUUUUAUUUUCUGAAAGAAUAUUAGAUAUUGGUUGCAUUAUAUCAGAAAAUUUGUACAAGCAUGUGUGUGUUUACACGUGUGUAUUCACUCAGGUUUUCCAUUCCCACCCUCAACCCAAGACCUUGUCAUUUACAUUGGUAGCAACUUUAAAUGGUAACCAAGUACAGUUUGGUAAUAAGUGUUGAUAAUCCUGAGGAAGAUUAGUAAGUAUACGGGAGUCACUUUUAACUUGUGCCAAAGCAUUUUCUAAUAUUUUUAUUUGCUAGUUAUAAACUGAGCUGAAAUAAUUUGCUCAUUCAUAUGGUUAGCUUACUAUCAUUAAUGAGAGUAGCAUUUUUAGAAAGUGUGAAGUAGUAAUGAUUCCUGUAGCUCUCAUUUGUCCCAUUCUUAUCAAGAAACCAGUGAUGGCCAGUAGACAUUUUAUCACCUUUGGUUCUUAAGAAAUACAUCCCUUUGCAGUGAACCAGUGGGAAGGAAAACAGGAAAAUAACUUCCUUUUUUCUUUGGCCUCCAAAUUCUCACUAUCUCAAACUGCAAAUUGCUUCAAGAAUGUAAAUGGUACCUCCCCAUUCUGAACUUACUGUAUUUUCUAAGUAUGUGGGAUAGAUCAUUGCUAAAAACUGUAAAGUUCUAUGUGCAGUGAAAUUUGUCUUAGUUUCAUGAAGUGUGUGGCUAUAUAUUUUUGUAUAUGUUGGUAGGAAGUAAGCAGGAAAAAAAUCUGGUUUUCUCUUAACUUGGAAAAUAUUCUUGACAACAACAACAAAAACGAUACUUGAAAUUUCCUAAGAUGACAGGUCUUUUCCUUUGUAAAAACUACACGUGCUCCUCCUAGUUUAGAUCAAGUAUUUCUUGGGCCUUUGCCAUUGUGGUUAGUACCAAUAAAUGGGACAUCCUGAAUUUCUUCAUGGAAAGAUUGACCGUUGAUUGGAAGAUGAUACAAGAUGAAAGUUGAGAACAAUAUUAAGUGUGAUUGGAAAAUAUGGUGAAUGUUUAAAAUGUCAUAUAUAGUAAAAGACACAUUGCCA